GUCCUGGGGUGUGUUUGGGUGGGGGUGGAAUGACUGCUCCAUAGGCGCCAACCCGGACAGUCCACGCCUAUGGAGCCAGCUGCAGCUUGCAGGAGCCCCAGGAGUCUGUGUGUGAUGUGCCCGCUGACGAUGAGACAUGGCCAAGCGAGAUGUAACCGCUGAGAAAGGGCGGAGCAAAAUGCGGCGGCUAGCCUGCAGGUCCUCGUGACAACAUGAACACGUCGUCGACGGAGAACACAUCUGUCACCUACGCUCCGCACGAGGCCACCUAUUCCAUUACCCAAGUCGUCUUUAUUGGUACCAUAGCCGGAAUCCUGUCUGUGGUAACAGUGGUAGGCAACAUAAUGGUGAUGAUUUCCUUCAAGAUCGACAAGCAACUGCAGACGAUAAGCAACUACUUCCUCUUCUCCUUGGCUGUGGCCGAUUUUGCGAUUGGUCUAAUUUCCAUGCCUCUGUUUACCGUGUCCACACUUCUGGGCUACUGGCCUCUGGGACCCCUCGUCUGCGACACUUGGCUGGCUCUCGAUUACCUCGCUAGUAAUGCCUCGGUGCUCAACUUACUCAUCAUCAGCUUUGAUCGCUAUUUUUCGGUGACCAGACCUCUCACUUACCGUGCCAAAAGGACCACCAACAGAGCCGCCAUCAUGAUAGCAUGCGCUUGGGGUAUUAGUUUGCUUUUGUGGCCACCCUGGAUCUACAGCUGGCCAUAUAUCGAAGGCGAGCGGACCGUACCUGAGAACGAGUGCUACAUUCAAUUCAUCGAAACCAACCACUACAUCACUUUCGGAACAGCAAUUGCCGCUUUCUAUGUUCCCGUCACCGUUAUGUGCUUUCUAUACUGGCGUAUAUGGCGGGAAACGGAAAAGAGGCAAAAGGACUUACCCAACCUGCAAGCGGGCAAAAAAGACAGCAGCAAACGGAGCAAUUCCAGUGUAUUCGUGUGCAGUGAUGAAGCAAAUAAUGCCUGUUCGACGGUGGAUUUAGAAGACUGGAGAAGGCCUCGAUCCGAGUCUUCAACGGGCGCCGACACAGAUUCUGUUUAUAUGCACAGUACAGUCUGCGUCGAUCAUCAUCGACGGAAAAGACCGAGAAAAGGCGGUUGGUUGGCGGGAGUGUGGAGGAUAAGAGCGUGGUGUGUGGCGUGGUGGCACUCCGGACGGGAAGACAGCGACACAGAAGAAGAAAGUCCAAGUGAACAGGGCCAAGGCUGCAUCACUCCGGUGUCUUUGGAUACGCCUUUGCAAAGCUCGGUGUCGAGAUGCACUUCGCUGAACGUCAUCAGGGACCCGUACGUCAGCACGUUGUCGACCCAGCGCGAAUUACCGCACGCUCAGGCCAAUAUGACCCCAACUCGUCUCGCGCCGAGGGACUCCAGAAGCUUGCCGACGGGCAACCGUUUGGCAGGUCGUUCAGUUUCAAGCGAUAGCGUUUACACGAUCCUGAUCCGCUUGCCCGGCGAUCCCGGCGAAGGCACCGGCUGCUCGGAAGCGGCCUCGAUCAAGAUGAUCCCGGAGGACGUGCGCACGCGAUCCCACCCCGACGUGGACUACUCGAUGAACACGCUGCACGCCAACCACCUCAAUCGGCGUCCGUCGGCCAUGCCCGACAUCCGGAUACCGCUCAACGCCAAGAUCAUCCCCAAGCAGCUGGCCGGCAAGACGCUGCUGGCCAACGCCACGAAAAACCAAGGCAAGAAGAAGAAGAAGACGCAGGAGAAGAAGGCCGACAAGAAGGCGGCCAAGACCCUGUCUGCGAUUCUGCUCACUUUUAUCAUCACCUGGACGCCGUACAACGUCUUGGUGCUGCUGAAGCCGGUGACGGCGUCGAGUGCCCGCAUCCCGCCCCAGCUGUGGGAUUUCUUUUACUACCUGUGCUACAUUAACUCUACCAUCAACCCGGUGUGCUACGCUCUGUGCAACGCCAGUUUUCGGCGAACGUACCUCAGAAUCCUCCAGUGUAAAUGGCACAAUAGGAACCGCGCCGCCAUGAAUCGAGGCUUUUACAAUUAACGUUGAGGAACUGCGGAUGUACUUUGGCCGGUAAAAGGCCAUUUCCGACGUUUGUGCAAAGUGGGUUUUAGCCGGCAACAACUCCCCGGACUAUUUCUAGAUGUUUUUAUAUUUGUAAUUGUAUACCGCUCAAACCGUGUUCUAAAAUCGUGCGUGAGGACUGAAAUUGUAGCUUUAAGCUUGGACCAAAGUGGGGACGAUCGCCUACACUCAAACGAGUGUUCACAUUUGGACAACUUAGCUUCAGGCGACCGCUCCCACCGUGGUGCAACCUUAACAACAACAAAAAGAUAUUUAUACAUAAUAUAGAGGCUGUGUGUUAGAUUUAGUCUUAUUUGUUCGUGGCAAGACCAAUCUUUGGACAUCCAUAGCAUUAAUGACGGGCUGAUGACGGCUGUCUUCCACCGGAGAACUGGCAGGACCAGGAAUCGUCGUCACAACUUCAAAACUUAGCAAGACUUUGUCUUUUACCCAACGACGGUCCAGUAAAACUGAAACGAAGAAAUAAUACACAUCAUUCCCCUGUCGAAAAUCCUAUUUUCUGUGCCUGCUCACUCUGUCAACUGUAUUAUUUAUUCAGUUCAGGAAACAGCACCAGGACCUGUCUGGAGCUUCGUAGCGCCUCAAUGUAUAGCGAUUAUGUUUAGAAGCAAUAAUCAGCGAAUAUACAAUACAAUAAUUUUCUUCCCAUCCCGAUGAUGAACAAUGUGCCAAAUUAUCGCAACGAUCAUACAUAGGUGUCAACUGUGAAUAAAUUCCAAUUUCCAUUGCAAUAUUAAUUCGUGUUAUUUAUUGGAAGAAACAUAUGUACUUUGACAAUCUCUAUCAUCUCGAUGUUACGCUCCCAUACACCUGGAUGUUUUCGCCUGGCCCUUGUUUGUACUACGACGGAAUUAUAUUAAUUCGUUUGUUAUUUCGUUCAAGAAAUUUAGUUUAAUCGUGUGAUCAUUUCAUCAAAUGACUCCUCACGAAGAUUUAUUAAAUACAAACGCCCAGUCUUGUUUUCAUCGAUCUUUGCUCCAGUGCCAACCUAGAAGUGAUAUUUGAUACAGGUAUUAAGUAAGACGCAAAUUUGCUUUGAUCCCAUUCUCUCGUAUUUAAUAAAUCAUCGUGUAGUAAGACACAUGGGGUUCCCAAAGUGGCAUUGUAAAGGAGGCAAGGGUCACCUUGGUUCCUUGUCUGGGACGAUUUUAAUACCGACCCAAUGGGACUUUCAAUGUAACUAUCGACGCACAUUAGGUACAAUUUAUUAUAAAAUAAAACCACAAGGAACGAGACUUUUGUAAUAUUUACCAUUCCCGAUAUAAAUAGUGGUUUGUAAAUGAUGUUAAUAAAUAAAAUGUUGUUUUAUAUACUAAUAUAAUAAAGACAUUUUAUUAAAAUUCCCAUUAAAUCACUAAAAAAGUUACGGGUAUUAUAAAUAUAAUGUUAAUGAAGAUGUAUAAACUAAAUGAGAUAAUAAAGCUAAAUUAAAAUAGACUACAAGCUUUACUUGAUGUUUUGGAUGUUAGUUUUAAGUACUCGAGCGUUUAAGGAGGAACCUCAAUUUUCGUUUGUCUCCUCUAUCGGACAUUCUCCACAAACGCUCGCAUUAAGCUAGAAAUAAUUUUACAAUCUAUUCUUCUAGCCCCCUUAUGACACUUUCUAAAUUAAAAUACAAUUAUAUGUCAAUUUA